AUGGAGCGCCCCGCCGAACAUAAUUGUCCGACGACGCACAAGGCGCCGCCGGCACCUUAUUACGCCGUGAUCUUCUCCUCGACGCUAUCAGACAACGCGGAGGGCUACGGCGCCAUGGCCGAGCGCAUGGUCGAGCUCGCGAGGCAGCAAGAAGGAUUUAUUGACGUCGAGAGCGCGAGCCGCACGAGCGAGGGCUUCGGCAUCACCGUGUCCUACUGGAGAGACCUCGAGUCCAUAUCAAGAUGGAAGGCUCAAUCCGAGCACGCCGCCGCGCAGAGGAUGGGCCGCGACGCGUUCUACCGAAGCUAUAAGUUGCGGAUCGCGCGCGUCGAGAGGGACUACGGCUUCGACCGGGACGCGUAA